UAUCGUUCCGGGGAAAAAAAAGAAAAAGAAAAAAGAAAAACAGAGAGAGAGGCAACAAUAAUAAUAUCUGGGAGUUUGAUUCGAGUGAAAUCGAAUUCGGUGUUUCUCUCUCUUUUUCAUCGAAAUCGGAGGGAGGAAAAAAGCCCUUGAAGGGAAUGCAGAGAAAUGAUCGGAGUUUCGCCGGUGAAGAAGACUGAGCUGUGUGGUCGGUUCAACCGGUCCGUUAGCGGCAGGAAUUGCCACCGGAAACACGUCGAGGACGGGUGAUCGAUCCGAUUCGCUCCUCGAAUAUUCAUUUUCGUCUUCAUUCGAUCUGAGCUUGUAUUUUUUUUUCUCUCAAAUCUCGCCUGAAGAAAUGGCGGAAACCGGUUCCGACGGCGGCGGAGGAGCAAACCCGGGUCUGCUUCAUGGGAGAUACGAACUGGGUCGGCUCCUAGGACAUGGAACGUUCGCGAAGGUGUACCACGCGAAGAACGUUCAGACGGGGAAAAACGUGGCGAUGAAGGUUGUCGGGAAGGAGAAGGUGAUGAAGGUGGGGAUGGCGGAGCAGAUCAAGCGAGAGAUCUCCGUCAUGAAGAUGGUGAAACAUCCGAACAUCGUCGAGCUCCAUGAAGUGAUGGCGAGCAAAUCCAAGAUCUACUUCGCCAUGGAGCUCGUCCGAGGUGGAGAGCUCUUCGCCAAAGUCGCCAAGGGUCGUCUCCGUGAGGACGUGGCUCGAGUCUACUUCAAGCAGCUCAUCUCCGCCGUCGAUUUCUGCCACAGACUCCGCGUCUACCACCGCGACCUCAAGCCGGAGAAUCUCCUCCUCGACGAGGAAGGGAAUCUCAAGGUCACCGACUUCGGCCUUACCGCCUUCUCCGACCACCUUAAACAGGACGGUCUGCUCCACACCACGUGCGGAACUCCGGCGUACGUUGCGCCGGAGGUCAUCGGGAAAAAGGGCUACGACGGCGCCAAGGCAGAUCUCUGGUCGUGCGGAGUCAUCCUCUUCGUGCUUCUCGCAGGGUAUUUGCCGUUUCAGGACGGCAACCUCGUCAGCAUGUACCGGAAGAUCUACAGGGGGGAUUUCAAGUGUCCUCCAUGGUUUUCCUCCGACGCAAGAAAGGUCGUGACGAAGCUCCUCGACCCGAACCCGAGCUCCAGAAUCUCCAUCCAGAAGGUGAUGGAAUCUUCCUGGUUCAGAAAACCCAUCCCGAGACCCACCGGAGGAACAACGACAGACGAAGAACUCGUCACUGUCGGAGGAGGGGGAGGGUACAGAGGCAAGGAGGAGACAGAGACCCUGAACGCGUUUCACAUAAUCGCGUUGUCGGAAGGGUUCGAUCUGUCGCCACUGUUCGAGGAGAAGAAGGAGGAGAAGCAGGAGAUGAGGUUCGCUACCACAAGGCCUGCGAGCAGCGUGAUAUCGAGGCUGGAGGAGGCGGCGAAGGCGGUGAAGUUCGAGGUGAGGAAGAGCGAGAGCAGAGUGAGGAUGCAGGGGAAAGAGAUGGGUCGGAAGGGGAAGCUGGCGGUGGAGGCGGAGAUCUUCGCGGUGGCGCCGACGUUUCUUGUGGUGGAAGUGAAGAAAGACAACGGAGAUACGUUAGAGUACAACCAGUUCUGCAGCACGGCUCUCCGACCGGCUCUCAAGGACAUUGUCUGGACGUCAACCUCUGUAUGAAUCGCGAGUUCGUUUGUGUAAUAUAUUCGUCGAUUGAUGUUCCAGAAUCAUCUAGCAUCGUAUUCGCAGUAGUUGUUGAAUCUUGAUCUCAAUCAAGAAAAGGUUUCCAUCUUUUUUCCGUUCAGACAACUGAAAUUAGAAAUCUAGAAUCAUGAUGA